AUGUUUUCUGAACAUAAAAAGACAACCAAUGUCUCCAAGCAUUCCUCAACCAAAGAGAAGAAGUUUGAUACAUUAGAAGAGAAAGUAACCAAUGGCAUCGCUCAAAUGAAUGUUAAGGAUGGAAAAGUUUUAAAAAAAUAUACGUCCGAUACAGCUCCAGAAAUGAGAAAAUCGUUGAAAAAGGACGGAGCUUCAUCGUCAGCUUCUCUUAUUCUACGUUCCAAUUCAAAAAAAGGCGAAAUUCAACGAAGUAAUAGUGAUGAUAAAAAAGAUUUGAGUAAAGGAUUGUUCGAAGCUGCUAGUGUCAUGUGCAAUAUAGUUGAUAUCACAAAAGACUCCACCAUGAAGAAUGGACGAAAUGAGGCUGAUCCGAAAAAGUUCAAUGCAAAGCCGAAUAAAUCAUGUUUAUCUGCACAAAGUGGACCAUUUGCUGCUCUUAAAGAAAAUGCGCAGAAAAAGAAGAAAAGCUUGGAUGGUGGGGAUGAUUAA